GAUAGAUAGAUAGACUUUAUUGAUCCCAUGAGGGAAAUUCUUGUUUUACAGCAGCAUGGUCAGUAGCAAGAUACAACACGCACACACACAAAAUAUAAACUAUAAAAUACAAUAAAUUAAAUGUAGUAGCACAGAUAUGGAACACAGUUGUAGAUUUAACCAGAUUUACAUCAGUAUUUACAUCAGUAUUUACAUCAGUAUUUACAUGAGUAUUUACAUGAGUACGCUCGUGAAACCUGGCAGUGAAUAAUGAAUAUGAAGAUGUAGUGUGUCAUUUAAGUUAAAUCAUGGUUUUAAUUUAAAUGUCAGAAUUUCAGACUGAAAUUGUCUUAAUUUUUCUGAUUAAAUAUCAUAAUAUUAAUAUCAUAUAGUAAUAUCAUAAUAAUAUUUCUACUUAAAAAUGAUCUGUUACAUAUAAAGCAAAUAUUUAAUAAUAUAUUUAUAGACUUAUAGACUUUGACUUCUGGAAAUUAAAGCUGAUAAUAAACAGAAGAGCAUUUUAAUGAAUCACUGUCGAACUUAUUACUGCUUUUUAAAUGUAAAUUAUAUCUUCCAGUUGGUCCUGAAUAGCAGGUCACUCCCAGCACACAUUCCUCACUCAUCAUUACACCUCUCUGUCUCACACUUGAACUCCACCUUUAUGCUUUUUGUCACGGCAUUGACUUUGAUAAAUUUACUCUAAACCUCUCCGGAUAGCAGGUACAGAAAUCUUUCACACACAAGCUGUAGAAGUGAUAUAUGUUUUAAUUUUGUGUUUAUUAUUAACAUAUUCACCUUAACACAUAUUACUGAAACACUACAAUGGAAUAAAAUAGAUAAAAGGUUUAAAGGGUUAAAUAUAUUUAUAGUUCAAAGUUUACACAGGUUUUUGGAAUUAAGUUUAAGUUUACUUAUUAUUACAGGUUAAUUAACGGUAAGUAAUGUGAGGAAUUCUGUGCUGUAGUUACAGUUCACAUGCUGUUAAUUACAAUUAUCACUUCUGUUGCUUUGCUUCUGUAAUAAUUUUAUCCCGGUAUACUUAUGAGUGGUAAAGGACAGGGCUGAAUAUGAAAAUAUUAAUAUGAUAUUAAUAUUAAUUUAUUAUUUGUGGUUAAAAUUUCCACUAAUUGGUGGAAGGGUUUGGACAUUUUACGGUAAUCACUUUGUUUCUUCAGGAAAUAAAUCUGUCAUUGUCUGUCACUUUGGGAUCUUUAUCUUUAUUUUGGCCCUUUAGUGAUCGCUCAUGUCCAGAAUUAAAACCCUGAACAACAUGGCUGAGCUUCAGUGUUCAGGUUUCGGCCAGCCGUCUCCUCGACACGGACUCAAGCUGCUCUACUGGUUUGUUAGUAACUGUGUGGAAGUGAGUCAGCAGAGUCGGAUGAUUUCCCUCUGCAGUCCGUCCACAGGUGACUUUGGAUUUCGAAUCUUCCACAACAGAGACGAACGAGGAAAAGGCCACCUGCUUCCAGACUCCAGCAAGCUGCCGUACUAUGAGCUCGGGAACUUAAGUGUGUCUGGAGCAAAAUCACUGCCUGAGUAUGUCAGAGAGAAGUACACCGGCUUCCAGGACAAGAGCAACACCGAUCGCAUCAUCGUCAGCCUGGAGUCCGGGACGUUCCGCACCGUCUACGUGACGCGCCAUGAGACACGGAUGAACUUUGACCCGAGCCACACAUUCUGCAUCGGCUCAGAGCUCGUGAGAACCAUAAAGAACAUGCAGAGAGAAGAUUUCCUGAGAGCAGCUAAACGGCGUCGGAACGUCCGGCCUCGGUGCGACAAGAUGCUCCACACUGAACAACCUCACAGAGCCACAGAGUCUCGGCUCCUCACACCUCACAGAGCUCCAGCACUCUCUACUCCAUCACAUCAGCCUUACAGCCAGGACUUACAUCUACACACUGCACCACGUCACAGACACCAUCCUCACAAACACACGAGGAACAUCUCCGAUCUCUGCUACAUCCUCCUGGUUCUAGUAACUGCUGCAGUUUUCCUGUGCUUGAUUCAGUGAACACGUAAAGAUAAUCUGUGUUCAUGAAGGUUUUUCAGCUAUUUUACACCACACUGCUGCUGAGUUCUGCACUCUGAUUGGUCAGAAGGUGUUGAUUAAUUCUCUAUAACAGCAGCUCUGACAGUAGCGCAGGUUUAUAUGAAUGCGUUCGCUCUGAUAUGGUAUCGUUUCUAUAGUAACAGCUCAUUCACAGGGACGUGGACAGCGAACUGAUAUGGUGAAGUUUUCUGUAAGGAGACGUUUAUUUAACAUAAGUGAAGGUUUUCAGGACAGAGGAGUUCACUUGUUUCAUGAACAUUAACUGUAACUAUAAACAGAAAAAUAUGUGACGUAUCGUUCUUGAAUAAAAAAGAACUGAAAUUGUUGGUAAACUGCUGUGGUGUAAGAGGAAUAAAACACUUAGGGACAUGCUGUUAUAUUUUACUGUAACAGUGUUUAUUACUUACCUGUUAGUAGGGUUUAGGGUUAGUAGGGCUCUCUCUCUCUCUCUCCCUCUCUCUCUGGCAUGGGGUCAGGUGUGGAGGAUGUACUCCUCGGGGCGCAGGUGUGUGUUAACACAGUGUCAGCUCUGAGGAUGGACAGAGCCGUGGGGGUGAUGCUGAAGGAGAGGAGUUCAGUCAGUCGGCUGAUGGAGAGCGGAGUGUGGCACUGGACAAAAGCUGCUGUGCUUUUCCUGCUUAUUCAAGAGGGAAGACAAGGCCUGAUGGACAUCUGCAACAGAAUCAAGACUUUUGGACUUCAAGAAGCACAAAGAUUGCCGUACUCGGAACCUUGCUGGGCAGAUACAGCUCGUGCUCUGUGGUGAGCAGCAAAUAUUUUUAAAUAUGAUGUGCAGCUGUUUUUAAUCAGACUGGCUAACAUGGACUGGAGGAGUGUUUCCUCGUUUUAUACAGCAGUCUUAAGCGCAUGGGCCUCAGUUUAUAAAGCUAAGAGGAACCUCACAAAUCUUGGACUUUGGGUAGUGAAUGAACCCUUUUUCAACAACCCACUGAUAUAAACACAGGUGCUGGAACCCAGGAGCAUACAACAUAUAAUGGCAAGAGCGGGGUGUAUGAAAAUUCCUGACCUAAAGAGUGGUGCAAGCUGGAAGAGUCCAGAGGAGAUGUGCAACCUGACAGGUGUCAAGUCAACAAGAGUCAUGAAGAGAAUAAUGGAAGGAAUAUUUUCAGCAUUACUCUCUGUCUUCAGUGUAGAAGAGAAUGAAACUGGACAGAGAAAGGCAUGAUGAGUUUCCUGAACUCCAGGUCUCAGUGGCAGUCGAGCCAGAAGAAGGUUCUCUACUGAUCUUCAGGACUUCGGAGUUGAAAAGCUUCAAGAGUGAUUCAAAGAAGGCACUAUACACCAUUUGUGUAAAAGUGGCUCACUACACCACACUCAAAGACUGCAGAGAGUCACAGUGGUCAGAUGUGUUCGGGCCGGACUCGUCUCCCAGGGGCUGCUGGAGGUUCCUGUACAAACCUCCUAUAGAGAAACGCACUGCAGAUCUCCAGUGGAGGGGUGUUCACUGAGCGGUAGCUACAAACAGACACGUGGCACACAUCGACCCCACUGUAGGGAAAGAAUGUCCUUUCUGUAGCACUGAAGAGUGAAUGAUCAUUUGUUUUUAUGUUUUUAUGUUUUAGGGUAAGAGAAUUGUUUGGGAUUUUAGAGGGAUGGGUCAGAGGACUGGGGUUAGGUUUUAAUGAAGAACUUUUUAUUUUUGGACCUAAAUAUGCUGCCUCAAGGAGGAAACAAAUUUCCUUAAGCAACUUCUUGGUGGGAGAAGCAAAGCUGGAUAACACGAAAAAAGAAAUGAAAAGGAGAAGGUGUAGUAGAACCCUGAGACGGUUUUAAAUAUGUAUAGCUGAAUUAGGGCAGAGUUCUCUCUCUCUCUCUCUCUCUCUCAGCUCUGCAUUUCCCAGGUUACAGUCUGCCAGUGGUUAUGAUUUUUAUUCAUUAGAAUGUCACAUCAUCCUUUUUAUCAGUUUAUAGUUAUAUUUAAUGUUGCGGAAUGUCUGUGAAACAUUUAACAGGAAGUAACAGUGAGUUCCUGUUGUCACUUGCGUUAUAGCAGCUAUAAACAUUCGUUCCCUCACCAGCCUCUCUUUAUUUUCUGUGGAAGUUAAUAAGACAAAAAAAUGCAGCUUGUCAAAGCGCUGACACUGGAGACUCCUUCCAUAAAUGUUAAAUAAACAUCUCCUUACAGAAAACUUCAGCAUGUCACUGAUUACACACGUUUCGUAAUCUGUUUAUUAUUAGUGGCGCGUCCGCCGUACACGUGAGCUGUUACCAUAGAAACGAUAACGUAUGUGAUGUGCUGAAAAUGAAUCAACAGCGCUGCAGUAGUGCGUUAUUCCUGAGAUGUGGCUGAAGUUGGUUCUGCUCUAGAACAGUCCUUGACUUUGACCUGAUGUUAUAAACUUAUCAGUGUUUUUGUGGUGAUUAUUUUGUUCACAGCAUCACAUCAUCAUCUUCUACCGUUUUAUUCUCUAGAGACUCUGGUUAUGUGUCUAUAAUUAGACAGACAGACAAUUAGGAGAGAAGAACAACUGCUUCUUCUUCUACAUCAUGUGACAUGAGGAUCAUGUGAUACCUAAAGGUCAUGUGACACCUAAAGAUCAUGUGACACUAGUAGUAGUAGUGAUUAUGUUGUGAUUGUCAAUAAAAAUUAAAGCAAUGCAAAAUAAAAAGAGUGUUAUUUUAUAAAGGUAAAGAUUUUUUAACUGAUUUAGAAAUUAAAGUAUAAAUAAUUUUGGUAAUGCAUUGCUGAUAUUUCACAUGUAUAGGACAUAUAACAUUUUAAAUCUGGAAUGCGAUAAUGCUGUCCACUUUUUAUAGUUUUCACAUCAGACUGUACAUUUUAGUGUUUUUCCUCCACUCACGGUACUUUACAGCUAACACCUGAAGUGAAAUCAAAUGUUUUAUUUAUUAAUUAAUUAAUUUUGCGUGUAAAUAAAACAAAGAUGUUCUACAAAGACUGUGAUGAAACACACAUGCAAUAAUUUAUUAAUUUUACGUUAUUUCUAUUAAACUUAUAUAAAGCUCAUAUUAUUCAGUAGUUUGUGUGCAGUGUAUGAGACACCUGAGAAAUUAUGUAACUGAUCUGAUAAACAUCUCACCUGAUUUACGUUAUAUUAUUAUUUUAUUUGUGUACGUUAUAGCAAUAAACCACUAUUCAAAAUGUUUAUCAAGUAAAUUGUUUCAUUUUAUUGUAAUAAUAUGUGCUAAUAAACCAUCCACAAUGCAACACGAAUAUGUUUAACUUUAAGUUAAAUUGAAUAAAGUAAUAGAAAACAA